ACCUGGGAUACACGAACCCUGCUCGUUUGAGCUCUAGGUUAUGUAUCAGGUAUCAGGUGGUAGAAGGCUCAGGAGAAGUUGUAAUGGAUUGUGAUGGAGACCCAUUACCCACAAGCACACAGAUAACAACGUUAACUGCCUCGCGUGUUUCAUCUACCACUGUGACACCCGUCGUAACCUCCAAGACGCCAUCCACAUUGUCAGGUACAACCACUACAGCUAUAACAUUACCCUCAUCAUCUUCAGCGCCGCCAAGACUCCUGACGCCGAUGACAAUACCAUUGCGUCCAACCACGACCCAGUCGCGUUCAAUCACUGCUCUCUCGCCUUUAACCACUUUACUGCCUCAUUCACAGACGACGCUCUUGCGUCCAACCACAACGCCUUCGGUAAGUGCGAUGUCAACAUUUAAGGUAUUUUCAACGGACAUUACGUCCACACAAGUAUUUGCCACGUCUUCUGGCAAAACAACCGAUUCCACCACUUUUAUUCCAAUAACCUCUGAAUCCCUGACGUCUCCAGUGACGACAACAGUUGGAACAAUCACUGCCAGAUCUUCGAGUUCAAAUACUGACAGAACGGCAACAACAAGGACUUCAAGUACACCAGAAAUAAACGUUACCGUACCCAAUAUGACGCGGCACACUAAAGACGGACAGACAGCAGUUCAGACAACCGAACAAGGACCAACAACCAGCGAUCCAUUGUCUCACGACAUCAAAGUAACCUCUGAAUCCCUGACGUCUCCAGUGACGACAACAAUUGGAGCAAUCACUGCCAGAUCUUCGAGUUCAAAUACUGACAGAACGGCAACAACAAGGAGUUCGAGUACACCAGAAAUAAACGUUACCGUACCCAAUAUGACACGGCACACUAAAGACGGACAGACAGCAGUUCAGACAACCGAACAAGGACCAACAACCAGCGGUCCACUGUCUCACGACAUCAAAGUGACGACAACAGUUGGAGCAAUCACUGCCAGAUCUUCGAGUUCAAAUACUGACAGAACGGCAACAACAAGGAGUUCAAGUACACCAGAAAUAAACGUUACCGUACCCAAUACGACGCGGCACACUAAAGACGGACAGACAGCAGUUCAGACAACCGAACAAGGACCAACAACCAGCGGUCCACUGUCUCACGACAUCAAAGUUGGUAUAAUCGCGGGAUCUCUGCUGGGGGUUAUCUUCAUUGUUGCGGUGGUCGCCUUUCUGAUUUCACGAUGGAAGCAAAGACGUCGCUACGAGGAGGUCGUAAAACGCCAGUUGAAGUCCUAUGACGAGACGGCUGUGGAGAGUCUCGAGGUUUGUACACAUCCGGAUGUAAAUCGGGCGGAAUCCCAGACAUCGACGGAGUCCCCAACAUCAAAGGAAAGAUCCCAGCAACAGGAAGACAAAUAUGCAGUGUAAGAGGAAAAUCGGUGAGAACACAAAAACUGUUCUCAGGCAGUAGGUCCUGGAAUCAUCCUGCUGACCUUCUUGGAUCAUUCCUGGGACUUCCAAAAACUGUUGUAUACCUAGGUGUCAUACCAUAAUUUAACAUAAUUAACACCUGUGUUAUCAAGACUCAUGUGUUAUCAUAUGUACAACACCAAAACUAACUGUUCAUUGUUAAUGUGUAAAAACGGUAUACCGGAGAUUUUUUUUGAAAAUAAUUCAUGUUCGCUAAUCAAAUUAACAUUUCUCAAUUAACCAAGAACAGCUCAAAUAUUUGCCUUUCUGUAAAUAUCAGACUUCUAUCUGUAUUAUGCACAAAGAACUCGUGCAAGGCAGCUUCCAAUUGAGCAAGAUAAUGUACAGGUGGACCCCUGGCUUGCACACGUCGACCAUCUGGCCCAAUUCGAAGCUGUCUUGCACGAGGAAUGGCAGCGAUUUCCCCUUCAGAUUAUCAGGAGGAUGACAGGUAGUGAUGAGAAGGGUUCAGGCUGUCAUCCAAGCUCACGGCGGAUACACCCGAUGCUGACGUAAAAUGAUUUAAGAGAUAUCAAAUGACAUUUUUAUUGAGGAAUUUCAACCACUUCUUCAACACUACUCACUCCAGAACCAUACUUGUGCAGUCAUAUUUUCACACCAAAACGAGUGAUGACAGAAAUGCCUGUGUGCUACUAUUAAAACACACGAUUCACAACCAAUCACUUUGGUUCAUUGAUAAAAGAUAACUUUUUGGGCUAUCCUCAGCAAAAUAGCAAAAAUAUACCUGAAUCAGCGCUGAUCAAUUUUUACCAAAAAUCUCCAGUAUAUAGUCUCCUUAAACCUUUAGUUCAAAUUCUAUAUGCAAGUGAUCCUCUAAUUUUAAUACAACUAUUUCUGUAUCCCCACAAAUAUUACUAUAUCUGCACUAUUUAAUUAUCUCUUCAGAUGACAAAUUCAAAAAUUUUAGAAAAUGACACUGGACCGCUGUGGUUUGCAAAGCGCCAGGAAACAGGAUAAAAUUCAGUAUCAAACAAGCAGAGAUGGGGCAACUUAUAAAUAUUACAUUACAUGGCAGAACAAGCGAUUUGAUACUCGUGUGAGAGAGAAAAUAUAUUAAAACUUCAAAUAAAAAAGAAAAAUCACGUUAAAUAGUGAUGUGAAAAACAUUUUCUAUUCAAAAAAAAUUCAUACAACAAUGGACAAGUUUUCAACAAUUGUAAUUUUUACUUUUUCUAUUAACAAUGACCACAUUAGUUUGCAAUUGCAGAUACUUUUAAAACUAUUUACAAAGUAGCAAGCACUUAUUUAUGGACGGAGCUUCUGUAACAUC